AUGGCGACCAAGCACAUCUUCGUCACCGGCGGCAACGCUGGCAUCGGCUUCGCGCUGUGCAAGCUGCUCGUCGGCGAGCGGGAGGACACGUUCGUCUUCCUCGGCUCACGGGACGCCGAGAAGGGUGCCGCGGCGGUGAAAAGCAUCAGCGACGCGUAUCCCGCGGCCGCGGAUAGGAUCGCGCUGGUCACGAUCGACGUCGGUGACGAGGCGUCGGUCGCGGCCGCUGCGGCCGCGCUCCAGGCCAAGUCGGUGACGCUCUAUGCACUGGUCAACAACGCCGGGGUCGGCUUUCAAACCUCGCCGGGCGACGCCGCCGCCCUUCUCAACGUGAACCUGCUCGGCCCCAAGCGGGUGAGCGAGGCGAUCCUCCCGCUGAUCGACCCAGCCGCCGGCCGGAUCGUCAACGUCUCGUCUGGCGCCGCCUCGAUGUGGCUGCGCUCGCAGAGAGCUCUUCACCAGCCGCAGUGCCACGUGGGAGCAGCUCGCGGCGGCGGUCGCCACAGGAGAGCCGGCCGGCCGCCCGAAGAGAGGGCCCCGCUCACGAAAGCCGUCGGGUCGUGUGUAGGGCUGAGCAAGGCAGCGCUGACGGCGUACACGCUUCAGCAGGCCGCGGCUUGCUGUGGGAUUACUGCCGCUGCGCACCCGAACCUCACGAUCACCUCGCUCUCGCCCGGCUACAUCAAGACGGCGAUGACGGCGGGGUCGGGCGCGCGGCUGACGCCCGAGCAGGGCACCGUCAGCAUGAUGCGCUGCCUGUUUGGCGAGGUGACCUCGGGCUACUACUACGGCAGCGACGCACUCCGCUCGCCGAUGACUGUGACGCGCGACCCGGGCACGCCGGAGUACGGCGGCGAGGAGAACCCGGACGCCGCCACGUACAACAGGUAG